GAGCAUUGCGUUGUGCUGUGCUGUGUUGCCCACAGAGAACUCAGAUCAAAGCUAGAGCCAUAUUCGCUCAGUGCUGCUACGACUAUUGUGGACAAUACUGACGGAGAGUAGUAAAACGUUGUUAUAGAAAACCCAGUAGUAGAAGAAGCAGCAACAGAAGAAGAAGGAAUCAAUAAUAAUGUUUUUCAUAAAAAUUACUUUACAUCAUUUGUGAGAAAGGAGCAUAGCCGAAAAAAAACGGAAUAACGAGAAAGAAAAGGAAUCGAACGGGAAACGGAAAACCCAACCAUAGCAAGAAACUGGGGUUGUGCUCACUGGCUCUUCGCUCGCCCUUAGUUCAGAAUGGAUUCUAGUCAUCAUGUUACGGUACCAUUGCGUUAUGGUAUCAAGAAAAUGAGAAAACGUCGAGAUUUAGAUGCCCUGUUAUCACAGGGCCACAGUAAAAAUGGUGGGGGUGGCAGUGCCAGUGGAGGCGGACCCUUGAGACGCGGCAACAACAAUAGAGGCACAUUGUAUUCGCAAGACAAGCUGCUGAAUAAUGUGUCCACAGAUGACCAGGAGGAUUAUAAUUGGCAGCCCAAAGUCAAACAGCCGACUCAUCAUUGUGGCCACAAUAAACAGUUGAUUUUCCGUUUGUAUGGCAUUCUAUUGUUUGUCAUUACCUUGUCCAUAUUUGUUGGCUUUACCUAUUGGUUAAAUUUCAAUUUACAACAACAAAUCUAUGAAUAUAGACAAAAAGUUGAACAAGUUUCUGCCGCCAGUCAAAUUUUACCCGAUACCUUACAGGCCUGGCAUGAGACCUCCAAGAAUUUGAUUAAUAAUCAAACUUCGAUCUCAUCCAAAUUGUCAGAGUUACAACAAUCAUUACAGGUGUUAUGGAAGAAUUUCAGUGAAUAUCGUACCUCGCAAGAAGCACAAAAGAGUUAUAAGGAGGAGAAAAUCGUAGCCGAUUUUGGAGCUAAAAUCGAAGCAAUAGCAACGGAUGUUGAAAGUAUGAAGGACCAUUACAAUGCCGUGAAGGAGCAACAAACAGAUUUGCAAAAAGUUUUUGAGAAUUUGAAGUCCAAUUUCAGUGAUGGCCUCAAGAAUAUGGCCCUUCCGGUUAAUUACACAGAAGAACUAAAAUCCCUGCGAACGGAUUUACAAGCGAAAAUUGAUAAAUUGGAAGCCAAUGCCAGUUUCGUCAAUGAUACAUUAACACAAAAGUCAAUUAUAAUGCAAGAGGAGUUAGUUAAACACAAGACCAAAUUGGAUGAAUUAUUUGAUCGCAGUGCCAAUAUAACGUCACAUGUAACAUCAUUGGAAAAUUCUUGGCCCGACUAUAAACAAAAAAUUAUCAAUUUAGGCAAUGAUGUGCCACGUUUGGAAAAAGACAUAUCUCUAUUAACCCUGAAUAGCCAAAAAAUGGAGAUGUCUUUCAAGAAUAUUUGCAAAGAAUGCCAGAAUUCAUACAUUGAAGCCUUACAACAGCACAAUAUUGUGGAGAAGAAGGAGAAGCAGCCGCCUGUAGAAAAUAUCAAACCGUCUGAAACGAAAACUACAACGACCACUUUACGCCCAUCUAAUGUGUAGUGUGUGUGUGUGUUAUUAAAAAACAACAACAAAAACCAAAAACAACAAAUUUAAUUAAUUUUUAAAUUAAUCUUAGAAGAUAAAAAAAAAAUAUAUUUCAAAUUAAUUUUAAUUCAAAACCUUCUUCAAACACAAACCGAAAGAAGAAACAAAAAAUAAGUGAACGAAAUCAAAGAAACAUAAUUACGAUUUUAAAAACAACAAACAAUAAACAACAAAAAUGUAUGACUAAACGAA